CGCCGCCGCCGCUGCUGCUGGAGGAGCUCGUGGCGCUGAGAUCAUGUGAGAGUCCACGCCGGGAGAAAGUAGGUUAGCAGGAUAGACCGCCGUGGGGACUAUUCUCGCCAUAAACGCCAUGACGUCCUUCGCGCGAUAGAGGAGACUUUAUUUCCCUCACUUGUCGCGCUUCUUCUUCUUCUUUUUUUCCCCUCCUGUCGUUAAUAUUUGCACAGCCACUUUUGUGUUCCACGCUGCGUGUUCCCUGUCAGCCAAAUGUAAGCCGAGCUUCGACUGACUCACAAGAAGACGUCAAAAUGAGAGCUCAGAUCGAGGUCAUCCCCUGUAAAAUCUGUGGGGACAAGUCCUCGGGGAUCCACUAUGGUGUCAUCACCUGUGAAGGCUGCAAGGGUUUCUUCCGCCGCAGCCAGCAGAACAACGCCAUGUAUUCUUGUUCCCGCCAGAGGAACUGCUUGAUCGACCGAACCAACCGCAACCGCUGUCAGCACUGUCGUCUGCAGAAGUGUCUUGCUUUGGGCAUGAGCCGAGAUGCGGUAAAGUUUGGCCGUAUGUCCAAAAAGCAGCGUGAUAGCCUCUAUGCUGAGGUGCAAAAACACCAGAAGUCCCAGGAGUGCCUGGGCUCUGGAGGUGGGGGCCCCACCACCCCGUUCUUACCCAGCGAGGACGGCGGUGGCGGCGAGGACGGCGAGGAAGGUCUGAGCCGCUCCUACAGCAGCGGGGGCUCCACCUCCACCCUCAGCGACCUUGACGACAUCGCAGCGCUGCCAGAUCUGUUUGAUCUGCCGCUGACCCCCGAGGAGGCCAGCGAGUACUGCAGCCUGGAGCUACUGGGCGGGAGCGGAGGGAACAGCAAGGGGAACACCUCCAACUCGUCGUCCGCUUCCUCCUCGUCCUCAUCGCCGUCCAAUCAGAAUUCUCCGCAGCAGACAAUGUUGGAUGGGCCAGACAGUGGCAUCCAGCUGCUGCACACACAUCCACUACUUGGGGACACGCUGCUGGACCAGCUGCCGGACGACUGCUCAAUAUCAGACCUCGAGCGAAUGACUCAGAAUAUCGUGAAGUCUCACUUGGAGACGUGUCAAUACAGUGCUGAGGACAUGAAGAGAUUCACCUGGGUACAGUACACGCCCGAGGACACGCGGGCCUUUCAGAACAAGUCAGCUGAAUGGAUGUGGCAGCAGUGUGCACACCACAUCACCAACGCCAUCCAGUACGUGGUGGAGUUUGCCAAACGAAUCGGCGGUUUCAUGGAUCUCUGUCAGAACGACCAGAUUAUAUUGCUGAAAGCAGGAUGCCUGGAGGUCCUGCUGAUCCGCAUGUGUCGGGCGUUUAACGUCAACAACAGCACUCUUUUCUUCAACGGAAAAUUUGCCUCGGCUCAGUUCUUCAAAGCACUUGGUUGUGAUGACCUCGCGAGUGCAGUGUUUGAACUAGGAAAAGGACUCUGCCGGCUCCAGCUGACUGAUGAAGAGAUGGCUCUGUUUAGUGCGGCCGUCCUGCUCUCCCCUGAUCGGCCUUGGUUGACAGAAGGCCAAAAGGUUCAGAAGCUCCAGGAGAAAGUCUACUUGGCCCUGCAGCACAGUCUUCACCAGAGUGGUUCUGAAGAGAAACUGGACAAGAUGCUGUCCAAACUACCCAUCAUGAAGUCCAUCUGCAACCUCCACAUUGACAAACUGGAGUUUUUCCGCCUGGUCCACCCAGAGACGGCGUACAGUUUCCCGCCGCUGUACAGGGAGGUGUUUGCGAGCGAGAUGUCGCUGCCCGACUCCACCAACAGCUAGAAAGACAACAGUCUGACUGACAGAGAGAUGGUAUCCACAGGAAUUGGAAGCAAAAAGGAGUAGACCGAGCAGGAUGAAGACGUUCCAAGCUCAACAACCAGCAGUCGAAGGACAAUCCAGGACUUUAGAUAACUCCGUCUCCCGGGAAUUCCAAAGUAGUCCUCCACUUUCCGAGCAGGCGACGCACCUUACACUACAGACCACGCACGCUCUCUUGCUCUUCUGCGAACCGUAGCAGCGCCAACAAGCAGACGCAUUAGACGUAUACACCAAGUUGCGACACUUGUUCAGCAUCCGAUCCGCAACGGAUCGCCCCAACCAGUCAUGAAUGUACCUCAUUGACCCAGAACUGAAUGUACCACCCUGUCACAGUUGUAUACAGUCUUAGAAAAGUACCAUUUCAGUGUGGUAUGCGCACAUACACUAUAUUGCCAAAAGUACUUGGCCACCCAUCCAAAUGAUGAGAACCAGGUGUCCUAAUCACUUGGCCCGGGGUAUAAAACCAAGCACUUAGGCAUGGAGACUGUUUCUAGAAACAUUUGUGAAAGAAUGGGCCAGCGUGGAACUGUCAUAGGAUGCCACGUGUGCAGCAAAUCCAGUCGUGAAAUUUCCUAGCUCCUAAAUAUUCCAAAGUCGGCUUUAUUAUAAGAAAAUGGAAGAUUUGGGGAACAACAGCAACCAAGUGGUAGGCCACGUAAACUGACAGAGAGGAGUCAGCGCAUAGUGCAAAGACUUUCUGCAGAGUCAGUUGCUACAGAGCUCCAAUCUUCAUGUGACCUUCCAAUUAGCCCACGUGCAGUACGCAGAGAGCUUCAUGGAAUGGGUUUCCACGGCCGAGCGGCUGCAUCUAAGCCAUACAUCACCAAGUCCAAUGCAAAGCGUGGGAUGCAGUGGUGUGAAGCACGUCACCACUGGACUCUAGAGCAGUGGAGACGCCUUCUCUGGACUGAUGAGUCACGCUUUUCCAUCUGGCAAUCUGAUGGACCAGUCUGGGUUUGGAGGUUGCCAGGAGAACGCUACAUUUCGGACCGCAUUGUGCCGAGUGCGAAAUUUGGUGGAGGAGGAAUUAUGGCGUGGGGUCGUUUUUCAGGCGUUGGGUUCCAGUGAAAGGAACUUUGGAAUGCUCCAGGAUACCGAAACAUUUUGGACAAUUCCAUGCUCCCAACCUUGUGGGAACAGUUUUGGAGCGGGCCCAUUCCUCUUCCAACAUGACUGCACAAAGCAAGGUCCAUAAAGACAUGGAUGACAGAGUCUGGUGUGGAUGAAGGUCGUGAGUUCAAACCCCGGCCGAGUCAUACCGAAGACUAUAAAAAUGGGAGCCAUUACCUCCCUGCUUGGCACUCAGCAUCAAGGGUUGGAAUUGGGGGUUAAAUCACCAAAAAUGAUUUCCGGGCACGGCUACCGCUGCUGCUCACUGCUCCCCUCACCUCCCAGGGGGGUGAUCAAGGGUGAUGGGUCAAAUGCAGAGAAUAAUUUCGCCACACCUAGUGUGUGUGUGACAAUCAUGGGUAAAAGAAAAGAAAGAAAGGACUUGACUGGCCUGCGCAGAGUCCUGACCUGAACCCGAUAGAACACCUUUGGGAUGAAUUAGAAUGGAGACUGAGAGCCAGGCCUCACCAAUGCGCUUUUGGAAGAAUGGUGGACAAUUCCUAUAGACACACUCCGCAACCUUGUGGACAGCCUUAUCCCAGAAGAGUUGAAGCUGUGAUAGCUGCAAAAAGGUCAUAUUGAACCCUAUGGGUUAGGAAUGGGAUGGCACUUCAACUUCAUGUGUGAGUCAAGGCAGGUGGCCGAAUACUUUUGGCAAUAUAGUGUAUUCAUACAAAACCACACUUUAGGGACCAAUAAGUCAUUUUCUUCAAGCAAAAUCACCUCAUAGAUAUUCACACCCAUUUUUGCCGGUGUUCGGCGCCACCUUGAGAGACCUCAGUCCCACGCACACCCCCUUCCCCCCCCCCCCCCCCCCUUGCAAAUGCCACUCACAGGCAAGGUGAAAUGACCUUUAAUUUAUAUACACAUUUCUAUACAAAUAUUUGAAAUGAGAAUGUACAUAGAUGACUAUAUGAGAGCGAGAUCGGGUGGACGGGAGGACGUACUCUUGCGUAGCACUCUCAGGUUCCCACGGCAACAAUCCCGCACCCUCCGGAGGGGGCGGACAGACACUUGCAAGCCGAGGCAGCGAGACUAGCCAACGAAGGAGACAAACCGCACCCCCAAGCAGUCCAAGUGUCGUAUAAUGGAAUCACUCGUUAGUCUCAUUUCUUUUUAGGGUCCUGAUGGUCCACGGUUGUCCAUGGUGUUAUUACUCUGCCCUGUGAGUCCCAAACCCAACAGUUUUGAAGAAAGAAGCACUUAUACUUCCCUCUCACUGGACACGAGUCUAACACCCCUGCGUCGGGCCUCAGCUCUCGGCCCAAUUCUGCAGGUAGUUUUUUAGCGUGGAGACGAUCAUGUCUCACUCCGGGGGCAGUGUUGGGUUAGUUACUGAAAACCAGUAACUAAUUACAGUUAAUAGUUAUUUUAUUUCAAAAGUAACUCAGUUACUUGCACCAAAAAGUAAUGCGUUACUGUGAAAAGUAACUAUUAGGUUACUUAUAUAUAUUUUUUAUUUUUUUUAAGGCCCCCUUUAAUUCCCUUUUAGCCUUUAUUUCAGUACUGUUAUUGCACUGGAGAAUAAUACAAUGUGUUGAUCAACUUGACAUGCAUUUGCAUCACUGAACUCUGCUAAGCAAUGUGGUCUACAUACAACACACAAAGACAAAGAUAUGUUUCAAAGGGCCAAUUUGUUUCAGGCCAGAAGAAAUUGACAAAACUAUUUUAAAUAGCUGCAACAUAACAUACAUAAGUAACAAACAGCAUAAUAACAACAUAGCUGUAAAGCAAGGAAGGUACACACUACAUACACAAAGCCUAACCAGGCGUUUUUUUCUCUCAAGGAAUUGUGAAAUAAAAUCAUGUCUGAAGCCCAGAACACUAUACAUUUCCCCAGUUUUAGUUUAGAGAUAAGGAAAGAUUGGCUUGGCCCACUAGCAUCCCUCUUUAUGUUUGUGAACUUUAUGGUCUGUACCAGGGUUGUCCAAAGUGCGGCCCGGAGGCCAUUUGCGGCCCGCAGCUAAUUGUUUACCGGCCCGCCACACAUUCUGGAAAUACUAUUGUAAAAAUAAAAAAGAACAUUAAAAAAAGUGGAAUGAGGUGAAAUCUAACGAGAAAAAGUUGCAAUGUUGACACAAAAGCUGCCAUGCAGGCUGUUUUUUUUUUCUUUUAUCUUUCUUUAUUUUUCUUUUUUUGCCAUUGCUCAAAAAAAAAAAAAAAAGACAAAAAAUCCAUGUUAUAAUGAAUUAUUUUCAGGGCUCCAAUUACUUCAAAUAUUUCACUUUAAAAUGUUUUAUGUGGUAAAUAUUGCAUAUAUUGCGUAGUAGCCAUAUAAAAACAUCAACGUUUUCUUUGACAAAAGCGCAUAAAACAAACAAAAUAAUAGUUCCAGCAUGAAAUGGACAGAUACAUCUGAAGUUGAUCUCGUAACUUAAGUGUUGAAAGUAAAAGAAAAACCUAAUAAAAAUGUUUUACUUGGAGUGGGGCACCUUUUGGAUCCCAAAUAUAUUUUGUGAUUUUUUAUUUAUCUUUUCACUGUGAUUACUCAAAAAUAUGAAAUAAUUAAAAUCAAUGGUGUCCUGCAUUAUUGAUCUUUUAGGGCUCUAAUUACUAAAUACUGCAUAUUUCAGUUUUACUAUAAAAAAAAAAAAAAACAAGUUGUUUUUGACAGAAGAGCCAUAAAACAUUUUUUUUUUUUUUUAUAUUACUUUAUAUCAACUUGAAGUUGAUAUAGAGAUUUACUGUAAGCGUUAAAUAAUGUAAAAAAAAUAAUAAUCUGACUUAUUUUUAACAUUUUAAUGACUGAGACCCUUUAUGGUCCCCGGGACCCCUAAAGGUACAAUAAAUAAAAAAUCCAUAUAUUUUGUUAUGGUUUGAAAAGGAAAAAUAUCAAAAUGGCCCCCACAUGCUUUAAUUUUUCCGUGUGCGGCCCUCAGUGGAAAAAGUUUGGACACCCCUGGUCUAUACAUUUAGAGUUAUGUGAUAAUCAAACAAACACUCUAGAAGUCUAGAAUGAAAGAGUAUAUAAGAGAUUUGACAGCGUGUGUGUACCUUCAGUGCGCGGUGCCUCGUUAAAAUCCAGCCGCUGUUGCUUAGGAGGUGAAGUGUGUCUCUCUUUACUAGCUUCGUCGAAGCAUGUUGCUUUUGUAGCUGUUUCAGCAGAUUUGAAUUGCUAGGAUAGGAAGUUUGAUCCAAGACACGACUUACAUUUAACUAAAAUGUCCUUUUCUUUGUGUUCGACAAAAGAAAAGUAGUGAGAAUAUCUCCAUGUUAAGAAACUCGACUUCUUUCUGCCAUGUCUUGUUAGUAAACACAGACACGCCCCCUCGCCACUUCCGCAGCGCUCCAAUAAAACACACUCAGAUCUUCUCAGUUUCUAGCCGAUACUACAUAAAAAAUAACGUAAAAUAACGCAGUAACGCAUCAUGUAGUAACGCUAACUGAGUUACUGGAUAUAAAAAAUAACGUGUUAGAUUACUAUUUACCGCCGAAAGUAACGGCGUUACAGUAAGUUAGUCCCAACACUGCUCGGGGGUGCUGUGAAGUUUUGUUUUUUUUCAUAGAGAGGGGGUUCAGAGUCUAAGGGGCCUGCCGCCUGCCACUCAGGGAGCUCGCUGUGGUCUCUCGUCCCUUCGUCACCAGCCUUGUACUCACCAUAAUCACUGUGGACGCCAGUUCUAUUUUUGUGAAUUGUCCUAAUAUUGUACCAUUCAAAUUUACACAAAGGAAAAAAAAAAAUCAAUCUUAAGUUUAACGAUAAAAAAAUUUUUGCUGUGAUUUUCACGUUUGUCUUUGAUCCACUUAUUUCUUUUAAGUGUCUCCACUUUUGUCUCGUAAAGUCGGUAAUCUAUUUUUUUAAAUUGGUGAACUACGAGGAAGAGUACGGACAAAACAGGACUAGUUUGUCUCCCCCUUUUUCCUUUCCUUGUAUGAACAAAAAUGUACAAGAGGUGUAUUACUAGUGAGUCGCACAGCUCGAUAUAUAUUGUUGUCCGUCGGGAUGCAUUAUAUGUGGUUUUAAGAAUGUAAUAAAUGGUUUCU